CAACAACACGCCAAGCAACAGCCAUCAGCUUUAUAUUUUGGUUAAAAACUCGUAAAAUGAGAUUUCUUUCAUAAUCUUCGACCCCGUGUUAGGCGUGAAACCUUCGUACUCAGGGAAUAAACAGCCAAAAGAAAUGUCCAAGCUAAAGCAACUCAUUACUUUCUCAUUCGGAGGGGCUGUGACAUGUGGGUGUAUCGCUAUCUAUCAAGGCAAUGAGAAGUUUUACCGAGAGAUUUUGAUGCCUGCUGUGUGUGUCUUUGAUCCUGAAAAAGUUCACCAAUGGGGGAUAACUCUCGUCAAAUAUAACCUGUUGCCGAAGCCAAAGUUUGGGGAUUCCCCAUUCCUGUCUACCCAGGUGUUUGGGCGGCAGUUUCCUAACCCUGUGGGCUUGGCUGCUGGGUUUGACAAGCAUGCGGAGGCCGUGGAUGGCUUAAUGCAGAUGGGCUUCGGUUUUGUGGAGGUGGGAAGUGUAACCCCUGAACCACAAGAGGGAAACCCCAAACCCAGGGUUUUCAGGCUCAUGGAGGAUAACGCAGUCAUUAACAGAUAUGGCUUCAAUAGCCAGGGCCACCAGGUCGUAUAUGACAGACUGCGGACACGUGUAAAAGCACGAUUCUCCAAAGAUGAAACUCCUCAUGAUGUUACGCACAUGGCCGAUCAGCGAAACAUGCUCAACGUUAAUUUUUGGUAUGGAGAGUUGUGGGCAGGAUGGACAGAUACAGAUUACCGAAAAGCCCCAGGUGUCUUAGGAGUGAACCUAGGGAAGAACAAAACCUCUCAAGACCCUGUAGGGGACUACGUACAAGGCGUGAGGAUGUUUGGACAGUUGGCGGACUACCUGGUUGUCAACAUUUCUAGUCCCAACACCCCCGGGCUGAGGGACAUGCAGGGCAGGGAACAGCUACAACAGCUGCUUGAAAAGGUUGUUAGAGAACGGAAUUCAAUAAAAACAUCCCAUAAGCCCCCAUUACUGGUGAAGAUUGCCCCAGACUUGAGCUACAAAGACAAGGAAGACAUUGCUGCUGUCUUGAGCAAAAAACAGUGUGGCGUUGACGGUAUAAUUGUCAGUAAUACCACGGUAACGCGUCCUGAAUCCCUGAUUAGUUCAAACAAAGCUGAAGUAGGUGGAUUGAGUGGAGAGCCUCUGAAAGAUUUGGCCACGAAAACCAUCAGCGACAUGUACAGACUUACAGAAGGAAAAUUGCCCAUUAUCGGGGUAGGUGGAAUAGGCUCUGGUAAGGACGCCUAUGAGAAGAUAAAAGCCGGCGCCUCAUUGGUUCAGCUAUACACAGCUCUGGUGUAUCAAGGCCCGCCAGUGGUUGGUAGAGUAAGGAGAGAACUGGAGGAGCUGCUGAAAGAGGAUGGUUACAAAUCCGUAGCGCAUGCAGUAGGAGCUAGUCACAGACCCGACAAGAAGGCAACGAAAAGCUGACAGUAGCGCACUUUUAGGUCUCUAUAUAUAUCUUGUAAAAGUGUAUACGUAUGAAUCUUCUAACAGGAUUAAAUGAACUAAUAAGUAGGGUGGAACGUAACACAGAAAUUGGUCAUGUAAAUCAGGCACAUAAAUCUGGCACAUAAAUCUUAAUUCAUGGUCAAGGAAAUAUGCGUUACAACUAGUGACAUUUACUUUGGAAGAUUUUAUCUGAGGAACUCUCGUGGUAGUAUUGGUGUUUUUGAAAAUGAAUUUCUUGUUUAAGGUUAACAAAAUGACCAGCGGGGCUGUUGUGAUAAAAGUUUGUCUUAAAAAGUUACUUGGACCUAAAUCCAGGCAUUCGGAGAUAGUCAAGGCAGCUUAUCUUUGGUCUUCAUUUUCACACGACCUAGGAGUUCCAUAAUACGAGCCGCUUGAUGGGUGUAAUUUUGCCAGUAAAUGAUAAAAACAUAUAAGCUUUAGUUUCGGGAUAAAGUUCAUGUAAUUUGAAAUCCCACUUCCCAACUUCAAUGUUUUUCAAAAUGGCAGGACUGUCACAUGAACACUAGUCGCACUGGACAACAUGCAAAUCUCGGUAUAAUGCGUGGUGUCGCCUUACAUGAACUCCACGCCUUCGAUCAAUUUGAUCAGGGGUCAGAAGUCGUUCCAUUUGGAAAAAUUGAGUUUCCAAGCCACGAUGCUGACGCUAAAUUACCCACCUUAUUCCUCUUGUUUUAGCUACAUUCGACCACGUGUUGUCCUUCUCUCUUCUUGUGCAGUCUACUUUCUGCCUUGUUUGUCCAUUGUCAACGAUAUUUGGGAAUUUUAAAUUUGAGGGCGAUAUCACGUAGUAAAGUUACGUCAAUUCAUUGAAGAAGCAGCUUUUCACAAUGAACAUCUGAGAAGGAGCUCAUUGACUAACAAUAGGGUCACCCUCGUUACAACUGCUCGAUAUUUUGACGAACAAAGUCUUCCACAGCUCUUCUUUGUUCACGCUUUCACUCUUACCGGGAUGGCCACCAAUGUGUACGAACGAAAUGCUUACGUCACAUGCGUCGUAGACAUUGCCUUGAGAACAUCCGGACAAACACAAGUCAGAAUAUUUGGACAAACCUGUACGCUGUAUUGUAUCGACAGUCUCGCAAGAAGAAGCCAUCGUGGUCUCCACUGGCUAUAUAUGCGAGUCAAAUAUAUUGUUGCUGAACGACUGAUUUUUGAACUAUCAUAAUAAUUAUAUAUAAAAUCAGUAUGUUGACUGAAUAGAAUACUAAUAUAAAGUACAUGUAUAUGGCUAAUGAAAGGCUAAUCUGGAUUUGUGUUUUCACGUGUAUGUGAAUACUCAGGUAUAUUAAAGUGUGAACGUGUUAAAUUUAACGGGUGAUUACCAAAGCUACUUAAGAUAUUUGUGGUGCCGCAUUUAGGUUUGAAUAUAUAUUAAUUAUGGUCAAUGUUGAGAAUAGACAUUAAAGUCUUACUGUGUCGAUAACUGUGUCAAACGCUCAUCAUGUUAAAAUAAAUUCCCUGAAGAUUUGUAGCUUUUGUUGAGAUAAAAUCUUCUUCACUGGCAGCAGUAGUGCAUAAGCAUGCUGCUAUGUAUAAAGAUUCUCCAUCUUUUUGAAGAAAGCAUAUUUUUGGGAUAACUGGUUUUUACAAAAUGUAGAAAGAAUAAAAAAAUAA